AUGGCCGACACGGCAGACGAUACGGGACAGCUGUCACCAAGCCAGCAAGACGCCCUGCAGCAGUAUAUGCAACUCACAAACCAAGAAGCAAAGGAUGCCAUUCCGCUGCUGACACGAUCGCAAUGGAACGUGCAGAUCGCCAUCACCAAGUUCUUCGACGGCGAGACAGCCGACCCUGUAGCCGAGGCAUUGGCCGCCCAGGAAGCUCCACGCUCAACCGCACGCCACGAGAACCUGCAGGAGAGCUUUCUGGAGGCGCCAGACCGACCAACUGCCGCGAGCCGGCGAAACCGAACCGACGUCGCUCCCCGGAUCGUGCCCGCUCCGCCCGUGGUUCACCGGACGCCAUGGGUUCUUGGCCUCCUGCUGACGCCCUUCAGCUGGGGCUGGCGUGUGGCCUCGACCCUCCUGCGCACGAUUGGCUACAUCCUGGCGUUCUUGCCUGCCUCCUUGCGGCCGCGGACCGUCACGACGGGAAUCUCUACGGGAAUUCGAAGCCCGAGCGGUCGCCGGAUGCUGAUGCCGCGUGAUGCGGCAGCCAGGUUCCGGCGGGAGUUUGAAGAGGAGUAUGGAGCGAAUGGCCUGUCAUUCUUCGAGGGCGGCAUAGCACAGGCCCACGACCUGGCCAAGAAGGACCUCAAGUUUCUCCUUGUCCUGCUCUUGUCGCCCGAGCACGACGAUACCGGCCCAUUCAUCAGGGACACACUGCUGGCCCCGGAGGUUGUCGAGUUUUUGAACGACCCAGCCAACAACAUCAUACUCUGGGGCGGUAAUGUUCUGGAUUCAGAGGCGUACCAAGCAUCUGUCGAGUAUGCUUGCACAAAGUUUCCCUUCUCGGCUCUGGUGUGCCUGACCCCGAAGGAGGGCAGCACUCGCAUGGGCAUUGUCAAGCGAUUGGUGGGCCCCAUGCCUGCUUCCACAUACCUGUCGGAACUGCAAGCAGCCAUGGAGAAGUACGGCUCCGACCUGGACAGGGUACGAGCCGAAAGGGCUUCGCAGGAGCUGGCUCGCAGUCUACGCGACCAGCAAGAUUCAGCCUAUGAACGAUCGUUGGCUAUCGACAGGGAGCGCGCGCGAGAGAGGAGGGAGGCUGCUGCAGCCGCGGCGGCGGCGGAGAAGCGCGCUGCGGAGGAGGCCAGAGCAGCUGCUGAGCGGGCUGAGAAACGCCGCCAGUGGAAGUCAUGGAGGGCUCCCAGGAUCCUUCCCGAGCCCCCGGCAAGCGACAGAAAGGUUGUGCGGAUUGCUCUCAAGAUGCCCGAAGAUCUCGGGGGAGAGAGAAUCGUCCGGCGGUUCCCGCAAGACGCCCCCGUCGAAGAGCUGUACGCCUUUGUGGAGUGCCAAGACAUCUUACGCGGGGAGACCCUGGAGGAGGAAAAGGUGGAAAAGCCAGAUGGCUACGAGCACAAGUACGAGUUCCGGAUAGCGUCCACGAUUCCGCGUGUGGUGUACGAGCCGAGCACAAGCGCGACGUUGCUGGAAGCGAUUGGCAAGUCUGGCAAUCUCAUUGUGGAAGACCUUUCUGAUGACGAGGAGGAUGACGAAUGA